UUCUAAACAACAGUUUCACUAAAACCGUUCUAAGAAUACCAUUAACAGUAGAAAGAAUAUUAUUCUGCAAAAUGUUCGAUUGGACUAAUAAACAUGUUGUCUAUGUUGGAGGCUUCAGUGGCAUCGGUUAUCAAGUCUGCCAAAUGAUUGUGAAGAAACCCAUUAAAUACUUAAUUGUUUGUGGUCGCAUGGAAAAUGUUGAAAUGCUGAAAAAACUUCAGGCUAUUAAUAGUGCUGUAAAAGUAAUGUUUGUCCAAGUGAAUAUUGCCGAUUACACGAGUAUUGUUAAGGCUGUGAAACAUGUUGUUAGCUAUGUCGGUCAUGUUGAUGUUUUGAUCAACGGUGCUGGCGUUUUGGCUGAUAAGGACAUUGAAACUACGGUGGCUGUUAAUUUGACUGGUGUUAUUAAUACCACCCUACUGUUCAUGCCUCAUAUGGACAAAACUCAAUCAGGUCAUGGUGGUAUUGUAGUAAAUAUCUCCUCUGUCUAUGGCUUAGAACCCGGACCAGCAUUCAGUGUUUAUGCUGCAGCUAAACAUGGUGUCGUAGGAUUUACACGAUCUAUGGCGGACGAGCAUUACUAUCAUAAGACAGGUAUUGCUUUCAUGUGUAUAUGCCCGGGAUUGACCUCCACCGAACUUAUGAUGAAUAAACGCGAUAUGAACUGGAUGAAAUGGGUGCCACACAAUGAGGAAAUUUGGAAAAUUGUAAUGGAGGCCAAAAUGCAAACACCCGAAGAAUGUGCUGUCCAUAUGAUGAAUGUCAUGGAACAGCCUAAAAAUGGUGGCAUCUUUAUGUGCAGUGUUGGUGGUAUGAAAGAAAUUACACCAACUGUUUUUAUGAAUUAUUGAGUGAUUGAAUAAAAAAAUAAUAAAAUAACAUGCCAAAUUAAAUUUAGAUUUAUAAUUUAAUUUCUAUUAAUAUUAGUCAAAUAGUUAUCGGGUUACAAAAUAAUUUUCCCGAUAAUAAUACAUUGUUGAUAACUAUAAAUAGAACAUUGUAUAAAUUUCGUUAAAAAUAUCUGUGAUUACAGAUUUACUUUAUUUUCGCUAUAAAACCUCAGUUUUACGAAUUAUAAACGAGUUUAAAUUUGA